GAAACCGAAGCCCCUCUGCGAGUCCCAAGAAGCCACGGUGGAAGUCGGGUUGGCUACGGAGCUACCUUUGUAUAAAACGGUACCCGACGGAAACAGCACGGCCCCUAUGAUGGACCUCGAUGAUGAGGAUGAAGACUUUGCCGAUAACGUGGACUCAAUCCGUGAGUUUACCACUUCUGACAUGGGUGAUACACAAGAGGAUUCUGUGCCUCGUCUCUUGACUGAGACGAUCGAGCGCCGGAGUCCCUCAGGCUUGCCCCCACUUCUUAGUCGAUUGUGUGAACGUCCACCGGAAACGUUGCAUUACAUUGGUGUUUCCUUUGGGGCAACUCCUGAUCUUGUACGAUUCUGGAAGCGUACCGGAUAUAUUCCGGUCUACCUCCGUCAGACCCUAAAUGAACUCACUGGUGAGUUCAGUUGCAUCAUGCUCAAACAACUACAAGAUCAAAUUUCAUUAUCGCAUAAAUCGACGGAUUGGCUACUCACUUAUCAUCGAGAUUUCACUCAACGGUUCAUGCAUCUGCUUCCUGGCUGUUUCCGACACUUGGAUGCUGCCUACGCGUUGGAGUUGUUGCAGCAUAAGAUGACACGACAUGUAUUCAGCGAAGAGUUGACUGCAUCUGAACUACGAACCUUGUUCACCCCAAUUGAUUUGGAUCGACUUCACAACUACGUUCGCUCCAUAGUGGACUUUCAGGUUGUCAGCGAUCUACUUCCUCGUUUGGCCGGUUUGUACUUUGACAAGCGUUUGCCAAGUGUACGAAUAAACAAGACACAACAGAUCAUUCUUCUUGGUUUGGGCCUCCAACACAAGAGUGUGGAACGACUUGCGUCUGAAUUCGCCACUCUUCUAGGUUCUGGCUCUGAUACCGCCCUCGAGAAACGGCACAGGCUCCCCGGUAUUAAUGUCCCUCUACUACAAACGGAAAAAGUCAAACCCAUCUCAGGCGGAUUGGCCUCCUUCGAAAUGGGUGGGAAGCUGAAUAAGCCGGGUGUCAGUAACACUACUGGCUGGGCAAAGCGAGUCAGAGGCUUAUUGUUUGUGGUCGUCCGAGAACUAGUGCAAUCUUUGGAUGCAAUUGUUGGUACGAAAACCUCCCCAUGCAGUGACUCUGCUCUGGUUCUCCCACCUAAUCUGGUGGCAUCCUCGGUCCGUGGUAAUGUCACCCUCAGUUUGGAUCGGCCAGAUAACUCUUCGGAGAACUCGUCCGACUCGGAUACCUCUGAAAUCGAUAAACCUGUGAAAGGAUCAGCGGUGGAUGUUGAAAACGCGGAGUCUACUAUUUUGGAUGGAACUGUGCUCCCCGAAUCGGAGCUCCAACGGCGAGCUGAUGUUGUGCGCCAACUUCUUUCCGAGGAGAUAAGCAGCGGAGGUGGUCCGCUUGGAUCACUGAAUCACUAUAAAGUUCGUGGAUCGGAAUCUGAUUGGGCCAAGGCCAUUGUGGGCCAUGGCUCCGCCCUAGAAUCGCUUAAUGUCGUUGUACCCAAAUCCAAGAAGCCUGAUGGAAAAAAGAAAAAUCGUUUAUCUCUUGAGGAGGAGUUACCACGCAAGAGAAAGAAUAUUGUGAAGCUCAAGAAGGCAAAAGACACACCUCGUUGAUAGUAUUUUAAUGAAACAACUGGCAUGUAAAUAAAUCGAUCUUUUUCUUG